GCCAGGCAAGUGGAUGAUGGCGCGCAUCGGCGAGGUUGGCGUCGGGCGUGCGGUGUGGCUCAAGGUCGAGUACCAGACGGUGCGCCGGCUGAGGGGGGCGUCGGACCACGCGCUCUUCACCGUGCGCACGUACGUCGACCCGCUCCACACCCUGCUUCACGUCCCCGCCGCGGCGCGCCUGCUCGCGCAAAACAUGCGCAACGCCGCCCAGGGCGACUUCAAGCACUACUUGGGGAUCGACGACGAGGAGGUCCGCGGCGCGAUCCUCGCCUACCUCGACAGCAUGCACGAGAGCGGCGGAGGUGGCGGCGGGCCGCGAGCGCAGCAGGCGACGCGAUGAGCCUCGAGCUGAGCAUCCGGCUCUGCGCGUCCUCCAGCGCAUUAUUUGUGGAUUUUGUGCCACUCGCUCCCCUUGCGCUGCCCCUCCCGCCUCGGCGCUGCGGCGUCUAUGCGUAGGCUGCGGGGCGGGCGCCUGGGCGCUCUGGGCGAGAGGCGCAAGGCCCUGGCCCAGGCCUGCACGGCUCCCUAGCUAGACAGAAGCGGUAUAUAGACGUAAGACUAGACGAGACCCUUGAGAACAGGUAUCUAGGAGAAGAGACCGACGCUGCGCCGUGCGCCGUGUGGGUGGACAGGCCUGUGGGCAGCCGGCAGCGGCACCGUCGCCACCGUCGACAUCCCCCACUCAAAAGGCGCUCUUGCGCUCCCCCACCUCCCGCAGGAAGCAGGAUCGAGGAUGCUGGAUCUGGUUCUUGCAUCACUUGGUUGACGUGGUGUAGCUGGAGAGAGUGGAGUCUGGAGAGAGUGUGGAGGCUGGAGCGCCACGUCUACGUGGUCGUCGACGCGUAUGAUGAAGAAAAAGGUGUCCACUUCUUUUUGAGGAAUGAAUCAUCAUUACAAA